AUGCAAGCCAGCGCCGGCCUUGUCGCUGGUUCUCACAAUCGCAAUGAGCUCGUCGUCAUCCAUGGUCACGAAGAGCCAAAGCCCUUGAAAGAUUUGAAUGGUCAAGUUUGUGAAAUAUGUGGCGAUGAGAUCGGUCUCACAGUCGAUGGAGAUUUAUUCGUGGCAUGCAACGAAUGCGGCUUUCCUGUCUGCCGCCCAUGCUACGAGUACGAGAGAAGAGAAGGUAGUCAGAACUGCCCGCAAUGCAAAACCAGAUACAAGCGUCUCAGAGGCAGUCCAAGGGUUGAGGGAGAUGACGAUGAAGAAGAUGUGGAUGACAUCGAGCAUGAGUUCAAGAUAGAUGAUGAUGAACAAAACAAGAACAAGAAUAUUGCAGAAGCAAUGCUUCAUGGGAAGAUGAGCUAUGGCCGAGGACCUGCUGAUCAAGAUGAUCAUGACAACAAUGCCCAAUACCCACCUGUCAUUUCUGGCCGAUCUCGACCAGUGAGCGGUGAGUUUCCGAUAUCAAGCCAACCUCAUGGAGACCAGAUGUUAUCUUCACUUCAUAAACGUGUGCAUCCUUAUACAGCACCUGAGUUUGGAAGUGGAAGAUGGGAUGAAAAGAAAGAUGGAGGAUGGAAAGAAAGAAUGGAUGACUGGAAAAUGCAGCAAGGAAAUCUUGGGACUGAUCACAUUGAUGAUUCAGCUGAUCCUGAUAUGGCCAUGUUAGAUGAAGCAAGACAGCCACUUUCAAGAAAAGUACCAAUUGCAUCUAGCAAGAUCAAUCCUUACCGGAUGGUGAUUGUGGCUCGGCUUUUCAUCUUGGCCAUCUUUCUUCGCUAUCGACUCUUGAACCCUGUCCAUGAUGCAUUCGGGUUAUGGUUGACAUCUGUUAUCUGUGAAAUCUGGUUUGCUUUCUCAUGGAUCCUUGAUCAGUUUCCCAAAUGGUUCCCAAUUGAUCGCGAGACUUAUCUUGAUCGCCUUUCUCUCAGGUACGAAAGGGAAGGUGAACCGAAUAUGCUGUGCCCAGUGGAUAUAUUUGUGAGUACAGUGGAUCCACUGAAGGAACCUCCUCUUGUUACAGCUAACACAGUCCUAUCUAUCCUAGCCAUGGACUAUCCUGUUGAUAAAAUAUCGUGUUACAUAUCUGAUGAUGGAGCUUCGAUGCUUACCUUCGAAUCACUAUCAGAAACUGCAGAAUUCUCACGAAAAUGGGUUCCGUUUUGCAAGAAAUUCACCAUAGAGCCACGAGCACCGGAGAUGUACUUCUCUGACAAAAUCGACUACCUCAAAGAUAAAGUUCAGCCCACAUUUGUCAAGGAACGCCGAGCUAUGAAGAGAGAAUACGAAGAAUUCAAGGUUCGAAUCAAUGCACUUGUAGCGAAAGCUCUGAAAGCACCUGCAGAAGGCUGGAUUAUGCAAGAUGGGACACCAUGGCCAGGGAAUAACACCAAAGAUCACCCUGGAAUGAUUCAAGUCUUUCUUGGUCAAAGUGGCGGAACCGAUGUUGAAGGAAACGAGCUUCCUCGGCUUGUCUAUGUUUCCCGUGAGAAAAGGCCUGGUUUUCAACAUCACAAGAAAGCUGGUGCCAUGAAUGCAUUGGUCCGAGUCUCGGGGGUUCUAACAAAUGCUCCAUUCAUGCUGAACUUGGAUUGUGAUCAUUACCUAAACAACAGCAAGGCUGCAAGAGAGGCAAUGUGUUUCUUGAUGGAUCCACAAAUCGGACGAAAGGUCUGCUAUGUUCAAUUCCCCCAAAGAUUCGAUGGCAUAGAUAGACAUGAUCGAUAUGCCAACAGGAACACCGUUUUCUUCGAUAUUAACAUGAAAGGUCUAGAUGGAAUUCAAGGCCCAGUAUAUGUCGGAACAGGAUGUGUUUUCAGAAGACAGGCAUUAUAUGGCUAUGAUCCACCAAAGGGUCCCAAGAGACCAAAAAUGGUAAGCUGUGACUGCUGCCCGUGUUUCGGCCGUCGCAAGAAGAUUCAGAAGUUCGAAAAGAAUGCUUCGGGUGGAGAUUUAGAAAACAUCCAAGGAUAUGAAGAUGAUAAAGAACUUCUCAAGUCUCAAAUGAACUUCGAAAAGAAGUUUGGACAAUCAGCCAUCUUUGUCACUUCGACUUUGAUGGUUGAUGGCGGAGUUCCGCCAUCCUCAAGCCCAGCAUCACUCCUGAAAGAAGCCAUUCAUGUGAUCAGUUGUGGGUAUGAAGACAAAACAGAAUGGGGUUUGGAGUUGGGAUGGAUUUACGGGUCGAUCACAGAGGAUAUUCUAACGGGUUUCAAGAUGCAUUGCCGUGGUUGGAGGUCUAUAUAUUGUAUGCCAAAGAGGCCUGCAUUCAAAGGAUCAGCUCCCAUCAAUCUAUCAGACCGUCUUAACCAAGUUUUGCGGUGGGCUCUUGGUUCAGUCGAGAUCUUUUUCAGCCGACACAGCCCGGUUUGGUAUGGUUACAAGGGAGGUAAUCUUAAGUGGCUCGAGAGGUUCGCUUAUGUGAACACAACAGUCUAUCCAUUCACUUCUAUCCCACUUCUUGCUUACUGUACCCUCCCUGCCAUUUGCUUGCUCACUGGGAAGUUUAUUAUGCCAGAGAUAAGCACGUUGGCAAGUCUCUUCUUUAUCGCUCUUUUUCUCUCGAUUUUCACAACGGGAAUUCUCGAGCUGCGAUGGAGUGGAGUCAGCAUCGAGGAAUGGUGGAGAAACGAGCAAUUUUGGGUCAUCGGUGGCGUAUCCGCUCAUCUGUUUGCUGUUGUACAAGGUCUCCUAAAGAUUUUGGCAGGAAUAGACACCAACUUCACAGUCACAUCUAAAGCAUCAGAUGACGAGGAUUUCGGGGAGUUAUACGCCUUCAAAUGGACAACGCUCCUUAUCCCUCCGACUACUAUCCUAAUCAUCAACAUGGUUGGGGUCGUGGCCGGGAUCUCUGAUGCGAUAAACAACGGUUACCAAUCAUGGGGCCCGCUGUUCGGGAAACUCUUCUUUGCAUUCUGGGUGAUUGUUCACCUUUAUCCAUUCCUCAAAGGUCUUAUGGGAAAGCAGAACAGGACACCAACUAUUGUGGUCAUAUGGUCUAUACUUCUUGCUUCUAUCUUCUCGCUGCUUUGGGUCCGAAUCGACCCUUUCGUGUUGAAAACCAAAGGACCCGACGUCAAACAAUGUGGACUCAACUGCUGAAACAACAUCCUCCAUUUCCAUUCUUAAGAUUUGUACAAUUACAGAGUGAAAAGUUUUGUUCAAAUGAUGACUUGUACUCGGUUCGUUAUGUCCGAUUAAAGAAAGUUUCUACUAAGACUUCUGUUGAUACA